GCGCCACCGCCCCUUCCUGUCAUGGCAGCGGCCGGGCGGCGAGAGCGCGGCGAGGUGGCGCGGGCCGGCACCUUCGGCAGCUGAGCGCCCCGCGGAGCGGGGACGGGCCCAGCGCGGAGCCGGCGGCAGAAGAUACUGCUGAAGUACCUGCUUUCCACCACUUUCCUCAUUUAACUUCACCUUGGGUUCAGCUGGUCAUCAGCAUGCCUUCUAUCGAGAACACCUCUAAACUCUUCCUGGUCCUCUUCUCAUUGCUGCUGGUGCUACCAGUGGUUGAAGCCCUGGAUGCUGGAGAUACUAUUGCCUUCCUUCUAGGCCUCGCUGUCAGUGUCGUCGGAUUCUGCGCCUGCCUCGGCUUGUAUGCAAGAAAAAGGAAUGGGCAGCAGUGAUUUCAAGAAAAUGUUCAGAUGAAGUCAAUUUCCUAACAUGGCUUGGGUGUAAGACUGAGCUUUGGUUCUAGAUAACUUUC